GAGUCCCCAUACAGCUCAUUACCUUUCCAAUUUUGUUCGGUCUCGCACAAUCCUCUUUUCUAGAGAGAGAAAGUGACUGAUAAAGAUUAAAGAAGAAGAAGAAGAAGAAGAAGAAAUAAUAUGUUGUCGUCGGUGUUGAAUAAAAUGAAGAGCGGAGGAGGAUCGCCGGAGAGUGGAGGAUCCGAGAGCGGAUCGGACGAUAGAAGCGGAGUGCAGGAGUCCUUCGGCUGGGUUUUUCAUUUAGGCGUCAAUUCAAUCGGUCACGAGUUCUGUCACCUUCGCUUCCUCUUCAUUCGUGGCAAAUUCGUCGAGAUGUACAAACGCGAUCCUCACGAAGACCAUGGGAUUAAACCUAUUAGGAGGGGCGUUGUUGGGCAUACACUGAUGGUGGAAGAGUUAGGACGCAGAAAGGUCAAUCAUGGUGAUGUCUAUGUUAUACGGUUUUACAAUCGGUUGGACGAGACAAAGAAGGGAGAAAUUGCAUGUGCUUCAGCUGGAGAAGCUCGUAAAUGGAUGGAAGCAUUUGAUCAUGCCAAACAACAGGCUGAAUAUGAGCUUUCAAGAGGUGGUAGCACAAGAAACAAACUGAACAUGGAGGAUGAGAUCAACCUUGAAGGGCAUCGACCUAGGGUAAGGCGGUAUGCACGUGGUUUAAAGAAGUUAAUAAGAAUCGGGCAAGGUCCGGAGACUCUUAUACGCCAAUCCUCAGGCUUGAGUGCUAAUGUUAGAACUGAUGGAUACUUUGAAGGAGAUUCUGAAGAUGUAAUUGAUGCACAUGAAUGGAAAUGUGUCUGUACAAUAAAUGGUGUUAGAAUCCUCGAGGAUGUGGUCAACUCUAAGAAUGGUAAAGGUGUACUUGUGAAGGCUGUUGCUGUUGUUGGUGCAAGUGCAGAUACUGUUUUUGAGGUGGUUCUGAACCUUGAUCGACAUCAGAGAUAUGAGUGGGAUACAUUGACAGGUGACUUGGAGUUACUUGAUUCCUUAAAUGGCCAUUAUGAUGUUGUCUAUGGGAUGUUUGAUCCAAGAUAUCUAACUAGAUGGCAUUCUAAGAGGGAUUUUGUCUUCUCUAGGCAGUGGUUUCGCGGACAAGAUGGAACAUAUACAAUAUUGCAAUUUCCAACUGUGCAUAAGAAGCGACCUCCAAAAUCUGGAUACCGACGUAUAAAAAUUAACCCUUCUACAUGGGAGAUCAGAAAUUUUAACACAUCCCAUGGUUCAACUGCCGCGAGCUGCCUUGUGACACUAACACUGGAGUUGCAUUCUGUUGGCUGGAGUAGAUGGAAGAAUAAUCAAUGCUCAAAGUUCGAAAAGACUGUUCCUUAUGCAUUGUUGAACCAAGUUUCAGGUUUGAAGGCAUAUAUUGGAGCUAGUCCUGCACUCUCAUUUGAGUCUUCAACCACCGUUGUCCAUUCAAAAAUUUCUGAUAUUUCUGCAUCCAAUAGUGAAUAUGAUGAUGCAGAAGUAGCGGAUGAGUUUUAUGAUGCAAUUGCUGCUGAUUCAUCAUCAGAAGAUGAUGACAGUGAUAACGAGAUAGAGCUCGAUAGUAAGAGCAAAAAAGUUAAGUUGAAGAAUGUGUCAUGGGCCAUUGCAAGCUUGGCUUUGAGGCGAACUUCAGAUUCAAAAAAGGAAUUAGAUACAACUGUACCUCCAAUCAUUCUUGAUCCAAGCUAUUUUCGUGGUUCGCUGCGCCUUGGGAAGGAUGAGACUGACAAUAACUGUUGGACAUCUCCAAGCGGUACGGGAUUCAUGAUCCGAGGGAAAACUUAUCUGAAAGAUAACUCUAAGGUGACAGGAGGGGAUCCUCUUCUUAAACUCUUAGCCGUUGACUGGUUUAAGGUUGACAAUAGCAUCCCUAAAGUUGCAUUGCAUCCCAGUUCUCUUGUUCAGUCAGAAGCUGGAAAAAGACUGCCAUUCAUUAUCAUCAUCAAUCUCCAGGUUCCAGCAAGACCUAACUACAACCUAGUUCUUUACUAUGCCGCAGACAGGCCUGUAGAUAAGAAUUCGUUGUUGGGUAAAUUUGUUGAUGGGACAGAUGCGUUUCGCAAUUCAAGAUUUAAACUAAUUCCAAGUAUUGUUGAGGGAUAUUGGAUGGUUAAGCGUGCAGUUGGAACAAAAGCUUGCUUAUUAGGGAAAGCGGUAACCUGCAGAUACCUUAGGCAAGACAAUUUUUUGGAGAUUGAUGUGGAUAUUGGCUCAUCAUCCGUAGCAAAAAGUGUGAUCGGUCUAGUCCUUGGAUAUGUGACAAGCAUUGUUGUUGAUCUUGCAAUUUUAAUAGAGGGAAAAGAAGAGGCAGAACUCCCCGAAUACAUUCUUGGAACUGUUCGGCUGAAUCGUGUGAGGCCUGACUCUGCUGUUACGCCACGUGAAAUUUGAGGUUUCAAUUUUUCAACAUUCUUUAAUCAUCGCAGUUUAAUAUGGUUAAUGAUUAUAUAGGACUGGGUCCAUUACAUUGGCGUCCAGAUUCUAGAUUAGUAUAGUUAUACUUGAGAUUGCUUUAUGUUUUACUUAUAAAAAAAAAAAAAAAAAUUAUAUAUAUAAAUAAAUAACACUUUGAGAUCAAUUUCCAGAUUUUUUUAUUAGUAUAUGAGGAACAGCCUUUAUCAUCAGUUGAACUCUGCACCAAGUCUUUGUAUGUUUGCUUGUUUUGUUUGCAAACAAAUAUCGCUUGACCUUUGCUUGAACUUGGCUAGUAUCUGGGCUAUAAUCUUCUAUUAAAUUUGGAUGAUUUGGCCAAGAAUUCUAGCACUUUUUUUUUUUUUUUUGAAAUUAUUAAUAUAGUUUAUGAAAUUAUCUUUAAGAAGUUGUAUAUGUCAAACAAGUGAAUGGGGUUGUAUUUUGGUUUUAUGGAAUGGGUUUAUUGGAUUUUAUUA